AUGACAGGCAUCACUCAGCACUUGAAAAUUGACAACGCAGUUCAGAUCGCUUACUUUUUAUUUCGAAAAAACAAGAUGUGUGACCAGAGUCCAUAUUCAAUAGAGGAACGACUUCUUGCUUCAGUAUGGAUGCAUGAUCGGGUCAGAGACAAAAAGAAGAUUCCAGAAGUCCGAAAGAUGUUUCAACAACGCUUUGACAAACAGGCUCCAACUGCCCGAAUUUUGCGUGAAUGGGAGAAAAAGGUGUUUGAAACAGGCAGUGUUCUUGACGCCCCUCGUUGUGGACGACCUGCAACACGAAUGACGCAUAUUGCUGCUGUACGAGAGUCUAUUUUACGAUCACCACAAAAGUCAUUCCGUAAGCGAUCAGCAGAGUUACAAAUUCCACACACAACAUUGCAAAAAGUAAUGAAAGUAGAUCUGCAGAUACAUCAGCAUCAAUUGCAACAGCUGCCACAGCUUGAACAACAUAUGCCACAAUUACAAGUUGUGCAAGAAGUGACAGUCUCUGACCAAGAAGCAGAAGAAAAAAAAGUUGAGACAAAAGAAUCUCUGCAAUAUCUCAAUAUUCUAAGUCAUGAUGUCUCCCUUUACUCUCUACCAGUAUCUGUUAGUACCUAA